UGGACUGCAACACUGUGAAGGACAGACUGUGUGUGUGCAUAUGUAGAGUUUACAGGAUAAUGGCUGGGAGUGAGUCAGCAUCUUAAAUGUGCUCUGGAACUGGACUCAGUGCGUGAUAAUCCUCUUGAGGUAGAGGUAGGAGACAGAGGAGACAGAGGAGACAGAGGAGACAGAGGACUCUCAUCACAUCCAGAUGCAAGACCAGCAAAACCCUGCAGGAAGCCUUUGGUCACACGCGGUCGUUUCUCCAUAAAGGUCAUCUGGUUCAGCAGUGGAGGAGAAGACGCGAGUCCUCGUCAGCGUCAGAGGACACUUUUUCCAGAAGUCCUCUGGGACACUGAGGAGACAGGUUCUCUAUGGUAAGGAUGAGUCUGGACCCUGUGCAGGUGAUGAGCGGACAGGUCAAGGAGCUCAAAGUGUCCCCGUCGACCAACGGUGACAGCAGAGGAUCAUGGGAGGAGAAAGAGGAACCUGAGCAGCAGGAUCACCUGGGCCUCAGCACCAAGCCAAAACCAGUGACAGGGAGACGACCCCGGAAGGUGGAGGGAGGCGUGUUCUUCCCGAAACCAGAGAACGCAGUGACCGUCGCCGUCUCCUCUCGUGUUCUGUUCAGGACCGAGCGCGAGCAGAAGGUGUUUGAGCAGAAAGGAGUGGAGGAGUACCUGAGGUACCAGAUCGAACACGAGAACGAGCCCUUCGCCCCCGGGCCUGCUUUCCCCUUUGUCAAAGCUCUGGAGGCGGUCAACACGCGUCUGCGGGAGCUCUACCCACAGAGUGAGGAGCUGUUCGACAUCGUUCUGGUGACGUACAACCACGCACACGUGGGAGUGCGACUCAUCAACACCAUCAACCAUCACAAUUUGUUCAUCGAGAGGUUUUGUAUGACGGGGGGAAGCAGUCCCAUCGGCUACCUGAAGGCCUGGCAAACCAACCUCUACCUGUCAGCUGAUGCCGAAAAGGUCAGGGAGGCCCUGGCUGAGGGCAUCGCAGCAGCCACCAUGUUCCUGACAGAGAAGCUGACCGAGGUGUCAGAGUCACAGCUGAGGGUGGCGUUUGACGGCGACGCCGUGCUCUUCUCCGACGAGUCGGAGCGCAUCUUCAAGGCCCACGGGCUGGACAAGUUCUUUGAGCACGAGAGGGAGAACGAGGACACGCUCUUGGAUCAUGGUCCCCUGAAGGGCUUCCUGGAGGCACUGGGGAAACUCCAGAAGAAGUUUUACACCAAAGGUCAACGCCUGGACUGUCCCAUCCGGACCUACCUGGUGACGGCGCGCAGCGCAGCCAGCUCCGGGAUUCGGGCUCUGAAGACGCUGAGGGCCUGGGGUCUGGAGAUCGACGAGGCCUUGUUCCUCGCGGGAGCACCAAAGGGUCCCAUGCUGGAGAAGAUCAGGCCGCACAUCUACUUCGACGAUCAGAUGUUUCACGUGGAGGGAGCGGCGGAGAUGGGCACCGUCGCCGCCCACGUGCCUUACGGCAUCGCACAGAAACACCAAACGCCAAGCGCCAAACAGAAAACCGGUGCGGCAAAGUAGACGGCAGAGGAGUUCAGGUUCAGGUUGGAAACAGCACAAGAGAAGAAGAAGAAUGGGAAUGAACUUGAAAACUGACUGUAGCAAUGUACGGUUUUAUCACUUUUAUGCAAAGUGUGCCAGCUUUACGCAUCAUUUUAGGAGUUAGACAUUUAGAGGUGAAGCAGACGUCCGAUACCUCAGGGGACAAUUCACAAAACCUUUGUCAACUCAAUUGUGUGUCAAUUGUCUGACUCAUCUUCUUCUCUCAUGAACAUGAAGAUGCAGGGCCACCAGCCUGUGGUGUGAUAAGCAGUUUGGGUCAAACAUCAUCAGACUUGUGAAAGUGUGUCGGGGAUGAGAGGACAAGAGUUCCACAACUCAGCGUCAGGGACAAGAGAAGAACACUCUGGACGCCUGGUUUUCACUUCAGUCAUCAGGUUUAAUGUUUGAGGCGUCCGUUCCGAACAGACAAACUGGCCUCAGUCAGGUCUUGAAAUGAAGGAUCAAAAGGUUCAUAUCUUAUCACAUCCCAUUUAAACGACACAUGAGACUCGGUUGUGUUUCUCAGUGGCUUCACAACUUCCUGUUGCCGAGCACGGCCGUGGCCCAAGAGGGACAAAAACAGGGCGUCAGUACAGUUACAGAGACGUCUCACGUCUCACAGCCCUGCCCAUGUCAGUAUCCGUGUCAGAGGUGCAGAGGUCAGCGUGAUCGCAGUGACCCGACUCUCUUCCUGUCUCUCCACCACUUGUCGUCAUGAAGAAGUUUUGAAAUGAAACACUGUUGUGUGUUUGCUGCCAGUAAAUGAGCCAAAGCACAGAAGUACACAACUGUAGGAUUUAUAGUUAUCGUGCAUGAAAGAUGAAAUUUAAAGUUUGCCAUUUCAGAGAUUGACUUCGUAUUAAUGUAUGUUUAUGAUAUUGUAUAUUAUUGAAACUAGGAAAACGAUUUACUAUCUAGAAAUAUAGAGAGCUAUAGGUUUUAGUCGGUGCCUUGGCUUCAACACUGAGAAAUGCAGUACAGUCAUUAACAGAACCUCAAUGAUGCAUCGUUUAGUUUCAUCACCAACAGCAUGCUGAGGUUAAUGUUAAACUCCAGCCUGAGUGCACUGAAGGCUCAUCGCUGUUGUGCUGCUUUCACUUAAACACUGCGGUUUAAACUCAGGUGUAUGAUGACGAUUAUUAUUCUUUUUUUAAGUUUUUAACACACAGGUAGCGCAUGCACACAUAGCGAAGGUUACAUGUGACCACUAAUGAUGUACGACACAGUGUAAUAAAAGCUACAUCUGUAAUCUUUAACCUGUUGUUAACGCACAGAAGGACAAAGAAAAGCUUGACAACUUUUGUUAAACUUGGUCAAAUCACGGGAUUAAAUAUGCUAAUUGUUACAGUUUUGGUUGUGGAAUGUUUGCUGUAUAUAAGACAUGAGCUGCUCGUCGUCUGAGUCUCCCCCUCAUACAGUAAUGUGCCUUACGUUUUACAUCGGAGACAGAUCUGGACCACAGACAGACAGACAGACGUGGGCACUGAUGUUACCCCAUACCAUCACUUAUUCUACAGCUCAGAGCUCAAAGCUCAGAUGAGUUUGGACGUUGAGAACUCAGAGAAAAACAGUUUAAGGAUGAAUUUCCUUGAUGCAGAAGCAGACUGUGUCACUCGCUCAUGUGUGGCUCAUUUUCUUAUGCAUAUUUAGCAGCGGUCUUUAAGCACAGGAAUGUCCCGAGUCACUGACUCUCGUCACAACAUUUCCCGCUGCAGACGGUGAAACAUCUAAAUUGUUUGCAAUUGAGAAACACACUGAGAAACACUGGUUUGAACUAACAAAUGGUGAAUCACAAGUCACAACCCGUACUUCCUGGCAAAAUUAGGCCUUUAAACGGGUGCUGGGUUUAUAUCACACACCCAUUUCAACACAUUUUAAUCUUGCAAAGUGUUCCAACCUUUUCUGAGUGUGUUGCAGCAUCACAAUCCUUUUAUUUUUACAUUCGACAUUUAAGCAUUUAGCAGACACUUUUAUCCAAAGCGACUUACAAAAGAGGAAUACGCUACACAGAAGUAGUCUUAGAAAGAACUCCACACAAGUUCUUCAUAUUGGGUUUGUCAGUGAAAACACUGAGUAUAUUUUCUUUGCACUU